AUGUUGAUCCUCGCCUUCGUGACUCUCCUUCGCCUUGGUGAUGCUGGACCUUGGGAUGAUGACACGCAGAAUGAUUGGAAGCCAGUCUGGGCCUGGGAUGAAUGGGAGACCACUUGGGGUGAGACGCCCUCAUCCUCCUCACAGUGGCCUGGUUGGCAUGAUUAUGCUGCAUUACCUGACCCCGCCCUGCAGGAGAACAAUGGGGAUGAGUCUGGCCUGGUUCCGCCACCACUAUCCACCUCAGAGCCGGAGGAAGUUAUGAUGCAUAUGGCAAAGGCCUGGGAUGAGGAACUAUGUUGGGGACUACAAGCAGAAGCUGUCGAUGCGGUCCUGGAGAUGGAGAACGCCUCGAUGCCGGUGGAGUUGGCCGUAUCGCCAACCCUCGCACCCAUCCCGGAGGACCUUCCCCUUCCUUUUGCUAUGAAUCAACCUGGUAUGACACUGUCCGGCUCCAGUGGCCAGACAUGGUGGGACCAGUUGAUCGGGAUCAGCAUGCUGUGGACCACCAAGAACCUGCCCCUCUUGGAGCCUCCUGCUCGACCCAGUCGCCGGUACAAGCCCACGGCGACUUUGAAGUGUGGGCAUCGGCAGCUGCGAUAUCCCAAGAUGACACCAGUACCACAGCUGGAGAUGGAAGCUUGGGUGAUUCUGAAGAGGGAUGGGCCUCUUCCUCUGGGUAGGCAAGUUCUAGCGAUGUCGGCUUCUUUCGUCACGGUGUAUGGCAGGCCCGCAGCCGUACCCCCAGUGAACUACGUGCUCAUCAGGGUGGCGGAGGUGCAGUUCGUGCUCAGCGCAAAGCUGCGCGCAUGGCCGAAUACCUGGCAGGCAACUGGAAACCCGCAUGGCUCAGGCAAUACGCUCGCGACAGAGAAGCACGUCAUGCAGCACAAGCAGGCCGUGGUCAUGACCACAAACGAUGGGGUAGCUGAAAACUGGAGCUGGACUGGAUGGUGGGACUAUGAUGCCAAUCCAGGCUCCUGGAGUUGGAAUGUCGAUGAGGGAGCCGUAUCUUCUUGUACGUCCACAAGGGGUGACUUUGUCGUGGAGUACCUCGUCGUCACUUUGGUUGAUGCUCCGCCGACACUGCCUCCCAAUGCAGGCCUGUUCCCAGACGUGUUCCCUAUCGACCCAGAGACACAUGGGAAAGAAUGGGUGUUGGACCGGAGAGCCGCUGGGCGUUUGAACGCCUUGUCCAGCGUGCAGAGGAAGGAGCAGACGCGCAACAGGCCAUCCUUCAGGUACUUCGUCGUCGUCUCCUUCCCCGAGGUCUACUUCCACUUACCAGGGAGAGAGGAGUUCAUCCAGUACAGGGGGAAGUCCAUCACGCAAUCGCAGUCGAUCACCACCUGGUUCGGUGGCGAGGAAUCUGGCGAGAACCGUCGGAUGAUGCGACCCAACCAGAUCCUCAAGCCUCUGGUUCAAGUGGACAAGCUCUCCGUCGUGCUCUUCAUGUACAUCCACGUGGACAACAACCCAGCCUCAGGUGGAGAUCUCCUCGAUACUCCAAUCCAGCUGAUGUCACUGAACUACUACGCCGCCUACUGGUUCAUCAGCGACACCUACUACGUCUUCUUCGUCUUACUCAAGUUGCUCUCGAUGAAGCUCUACGUUGGGCGCUUCCUGGAGUCUCUGAACAUGCCUGGGCGGGCUUCCGUAGACGAGCCUGGCGUAACCACAUGGACUACCUCUUCCAAAGUGGUGGUCGGGACACACCUGUGGGGUCAUGGCCAAGCCCGGAAGAUGACCAUCUCUACCUGCUCCAAACGGAACCGUCGGUGGAUGUGCCCAAUUGGCCGCGUGGGGUGCCGAGACCUAUGUCUGCACGCGAACAUGCACGUGGAAACCAACGUCGACGACAACAUCGACCUCGCCCUGACCCGCAGUUGGUUCCGGUUGGUGUGGAUCUUGCCUUGGAAGGUGCGGUUCCCGCGCGUGCCCUUCAUCGGUCAACUGCUAGAGUGGAGACUGAAGUCAGCAGCAGUGUGGUCCCUCAACGUGAAGAUCUUCGCCGUCGUCGUCGAGCUCGACCUGUUCCUUCAGCCGCUGCCGAACGUUCUGGACUUCUACGUCGUUCUGGACGCCGUCGUCGAGUUGGAAGUGUUCAAGGUGCUCGAGGCCCCCUGGGACGUGUUCCGCCGUCUGGAGUGGUUCAGCCUGGUCUUCGCCGUCGGGCCGAACGGGGUCUUGGUCCUCGUCGUGGUGAGCGUGGUACGGAGCGUAGUCGAAGUCGUGAUGGACAUGGCAGGCCCUGAGACCUGCAGCCAUGCGGAGAAAGAGAAACAGAGGAAGUUCCUAGAGACUGUGGAGUUGCAGAUCGGCCUGAAGGACUACGACACCCAGAGAGACAAGCGAUUUGCAGGCACCAUCAAGCUUCCCCACGUCCCCCGACCUCGCUUGAAGGUCUGCGUGUUGGGUGAUGCCGUUCACUGCGAGCAGGCGCAGCGCGCGAACAUUCCCUUCAAGAGCGUCGAGGAUUUGAAGAAGCUGAACAAGAACAAGAAGAUGGUGAAGAAGCUGGCUGACUCCUUCGAUGCCUUCCUGGCCUCACAGGUCCUCAUUCCGCAGAUCCCUCGAUUGUUGGGCCCCGGCUUGAACAAGGCCGGGAAGUUCCCCACUCUGGUGCAGCACUCCGACAACCUGGAGACGAAGGUGACGGAGGUCAGAAGCCAGGUGAAGUUCCAGCUGAAGAAGGUUUUGUGCAUGGGCGUUGCAGUCGGCAACGUCGCCAUGACCCCCGACGAGCUCAGGCAGAACUGCUUGAUGGCGAUCAACUUCUUGGUCUCCCUGCUCAAGAAGAACUGGAACAACGUGAAGCGACUGCACAUCAAGAGCACCAUGGGGAAUUGGGUGUUGGCCCCGUCAGGGGUUGUCGGACUUCGGAUUUGGGGACACGCCAUUCAGGAAGGAUUGUUCCCGCAGUUGGCGGUUGCUGUGGCUCGGAGCAAGGGCCGUGUCCGCAAGGGCGGCGUCACUGCUGUCCAGGAACUGGAACUUCCGGCCUUGGUCGUUGACUGGGCAGGCUGCAGGGAAGACAAUGGCCAGUGGGGCGAAGAGAAGAGAGCUCCUUUGGCCAGCGAGUGGUGCUGGGCCGCUCGCGACGCCUUCUUCGCUUGCCUGGACCAAGGGGACGGCCAGAUGGGUCCAGAGGCAGAAAAGCGCUGCGCAAACGAAUGGAUCGAGUUCCAGAAGCGAUGCCUGCCCUCCUGGGUGAAGCACUUCGUCAUGCAGAGGAACUUGGGCCAACCCGGUGCCAGUUCGGGCUCCUGA